AUGUACAUUGCAGCGACUAUCCCUGUAUUCACAUUUUUUCUUGGGAACUGGCAGCUCGACCGCCUGCAGUGGAAGCUCAUGUUGAUCGACGAGCUCGACGAAAAGCUGCGCCGCACCCCGCUCCGCAUGCCCAAGAAUAUCAAUAUCGACGUUCUCAAUGAGUUUUCAUUUCGUUUAUUUGAGGUUUGCGGGACAUUUGACGUGUCGAGGACACUGUUUAUGGGGCCGCGCACCCACGAAGGCGCGCGCGGCUACCAGCUUGUGAUGCCUUUCCGCCGCGACGACGGCGGCCCGGAUAUCCUUGUGAACCGCGGAUUUGUAGAUAACAAUGCCAUUGAGGGCACGGGUAUGAACAAGCGCCUGAAGCAUUCAUUGCCGGACGACAAUAAACGUGUUACCAUCACGGCGCUGCUCCCGCGCGUAUACCCAUGCAGCCGCUUCGCACUCCCAAAUGAGCCGCACAACAAUUUGUGGAUGCAGCUGAACCCAGCGCAAAUGGCGGCGUGGCUUAAUGAGAAGGCUGGUUUGCAGGAUCUCGGCGCAUCCAGCUUGGAAGAAAACAAGGCCAUGUCGCCCCGCGGCUGGUGGUCCCUCUUAGGCUCUUCGAUGAACCCACCAUCAAUGCCUCCUGCUGAGGCAUUUUCCUCGCGUAAAAACCAGCGCGUGCUUCCCGUGUACGUGGAGCAAAUUUUUACCGGCACGUUCAGUGAGGCGGCGGCAAUGAUGAAGCAAGGCGUGCCUGUUGGACGCCCGCCACGCAUCGAGCUUCGUAACCAGCACAUGGAGUACGCAGUGACGUGGUUCUCACUCUCUGCGAUAUCCUCGCUCAUGUUUGUCUACAUGCUGCGCAAAGGUCGGACUGUAGAGUAG